AUGCACGCCAAACUGUCAAACUGGCUGUUAACAGCCUCAACCAUCCUGCCGGCCGUCGCCGGUGAGGGAUGCCCCUUCGCCAAACGCGACGGCGGCGUCGACAGCUCUCUGCCCAAGAGAGCCACCGCCGAGGGCUUUGGAAGAUGCUCGACCAUCAGCAACCAGGCUGGCGGCGGCACUCGCAGUCACGACUGGUGGCCCUGCCAACUGAGACUCGACGUUCUUCGUCAGUUCCAGCCCGCGACGAACCCGUACGGCGGCGACUUUGACUACACAGCAGCUUUCAACUCUCUUGAUUACGCGGCUCUCAAGAAGGAUCUCACCGACCUCAUGACCGACUCCCAGGAGUGGUGGCCUGCCGACUUUGGCCACUACGGCGGUCUCUUCAUCCGCAUGGCCUGGCAUAGCGCCGGCACCUAUCGCGCCGUCGACGGCCGCGGUGGCGGUGGAAUGGGCCAGCAACGCUUCGCUCCACUCAACUCCUGGCCCGACAACCAGAACCUCGACAAGGCGCGCCGCCUGCUGUGGCCCAUCAAGCAAAAGUACGGCAACAAGAUCUCAUGGGCGGACCUGUACCUCCUGACGGGCAACGUCGCCCUCGAGUCCAUGGGUUUCGCGCCCAUUGGCUUCGCCGGCGGUCGCCCCGACACCUGGCAGUCCGAUGAGUCCGUCUACUGGGGCGGCGAGACGACCUUCGUCCCCAAGGGCAACGACGUCCGCUACAACGGCAGCACCGACAUCAACGAGCGCGCCGACAAGCUCGAGAAGCCUCUGGGAGCCACCCACAUGGGCCUCAUCUACGUCAACCCCGAGGGCCCCGAUGGCUCUUCCGACCCCGCCGCCUCGGCCAAGGACAUCCGCGUCGCGUUCGACCGCAUGGGUAUGAACGAUGAGGAGACGGUCGCUCUCAUUGCCGGUGGACACGCCUUCGGCAAGACGCACGGUGCCGUCAAGAGUGACAACAUUGGCCCUGAGCCCGAAGCUGCUGACAUUGGCGAGAUGGGCCUUGGCUGGCACAACAAGAUCGGCGAUGGCAACGGUCCUAACCAGAUGACCAGCGGUCUUGAGGUCGUCUGGACCAAGACCCCCACCAAGUGGUCCAACGGUUACUUGGAGUCUCUUCUGCACAACAAAUGGGUCCUCGUCGAGUCUCCCGCCGGUGCUCACCAAUGGGAGGCUGCCAACGGCACCCUCGACUACCCCGACCCCUUCGACUCGACCAAGUUCCGCAAGGCGACCAUGCUCACCUCCGACCUGGCCCUCAUCAACGACCCGAGCUACCUCAACAUCACCAAGCGCUGGCUCGACCACCCCAACGAGCUUGCUGACGCCUUCGCCAAGGCCUGGUUCAAGCUACUCCACCGCGACCUCGGCCCCGUCUCCCGCUACCUCGGCCCUGAGAUCCCCAAGGAGACCUUCCCCUGGCAGGACCCCCUCCCCGCCCGCGAGGGCGACCUCAUCGACGAUGCCGACAUCUCGCAGUUGAAGGCUGACAUCCUCGCCGCGCCGGGCUUCGACGUCUCCAAGUACGCCUCCGUCGCCUGGGCCUCCGCCUCCACCUACCGCCACUCCGACAAGCGCGGCGGCGCCAACGGCGCUCGCAUCGCCCUCGAGCCCCAGGUCAACUGGGUCUCCAACAACCCGACCCAGCUCAAGGAGGUCCUCGACGCCCUCAAGGCCAUCCAGACCAGCUUCAACACCGGCGCCAAGAAGGUCUCCCUCGCUGACCUGAUCGUCCUCGGCGGUGUCGUCGCCGUCGAGAAGGGCGCCAAGGACGCCGGCGUCGACGUCACCGUCCCCUUCUCCGCCGGCCGUGUCGACGCUACCCAGGAGCAGACCGACGUCCGCGCCUUCGGCUACCUCGAGCCCCAGGCCGACGGCUUCCGCAACUACGGCCGCGGCACCGCCCGCGCGCGCACCGAGGAGAUCCUCGUCGACAAGGCCGCGCAGCUGACCCUCUCCGUCCCCGAGCUGACCGUCCUCGUCGGCGGUCUGCGCUCCCUCGGCGCCGUCUUCGACGGCUCCAACACCGGCGUCCUGACCUCGACCAAGGGCCAGCUCAACAACAACUUCUUCGUCAGCCUGCUCGACAUCUCCACCGUCUGGGCCAAGAGCGCCGAGGACGGCGAGGCCUGGGUUGGCACCGACCGCAAGACCAAGGAGCAGCGCUGGACCGCUACCCGCGCCGACCUCGUGUUCGGAUCGCACGCCGAGCUGCGCGCCAUUGCCGAGGUGUACGCCAUGUCUGACGCCAAGGAGAAGUUCGUUAAGGACUUCGUCGCGGCGUGGGACAAGGUCAUGAACCUGGACCGCUUCGACCUCAAGGUCAAGAAAUAG